ACGCCCGCUUCACAAUUCAAACGAACGGCAUUUUAUUUUCACAGGACCCGGGAAUCGUGAUUGUUUUACCCAAUAGCUUUAUUUUACCAUUGUUUUUUGACCAAAAUUCCGAUCUGUUAGUUGUCCAAAGCUUGUGUCGUCAUGUCCCAUCCGUCCGACCAUGUGCUGCGUCCCAAGGAAAAUGCUCCACCCAGAAAGCCGGAAAUACCAGCCGCUCUUCUCAACAUGCAGAAGAAAAACUUGCUGUUGGGAAAGAAGCCCGCCAGUGAAAACGUGGCACCAGCCGCCAAACCCUUACCAGGAUCUUCUGGCGCUGUGAUCAGGAAUGCCAUGACUGCCAUGCGACCGCCGCCCACUAAACCAGGUCUAGGAGCCUCCAAUUCCGUUGUACCCGCCGUUGGAAGCAAGUUCCAGAAGCCACUGUUACCGCCCGUGAAGAAGACCACCUCCGAGUUUGUGGCUCCCGCUCCAGUGGCACCUAUCAAGAAGCCGGAAAUCGUACCCAAACAGAAGUCCCCUGCCUCAGGCGCAGAAUCCUCUACAGAAUCUGGUGCUGCACCGUCCAGCAGCUCUGGCAGCACCACUGACAAAGAUAAACCCAAGUCUGAUGCCCAGCCGCAGAAACCCAAGAAAACCUGGGAGCUCAACAACUUUGACAUUGGCCGUCUGCUGGGACGCGGCAAGUUUGGCAACGUUUACUUGGCGCGCGAAAAGGAAUCCCAGUUCGUGGUGGCCCUCAAAGUGCUGUUCAAGCGCCAGAUUGGCGAGUCCAAUGUAGAACACCAGGUGCGUCGUGAGAUCGAGAUACAGUCGCACCUGCGCCAUCCACAUAUCCUCCGUUUGUACGCCUAUUUUCACGACGAUGUACGCAUAUAUCUAAUCUUGGAGUAUGCCCCACAAGGAACGCUAUUCAAUGCUCUGCAGGCACAGCCGCUGAAGCGGUUCGAUGAGCGCCAGUCGGCCACCUACAUUCAGGCACUGUGCUCCGCACUGCUUUAUCUACACGAGCGGGACAUCAUCCACAGGGAUAUCAAGCCGGAGAACUUGCUGCUUGGUCACAAGGGAGUCUUGAAGAUCGCCGACUUCGGCUGGUCCGUGCACGAACCCAAUUCUAUGCGCAUGACGCUGUGCGGCACGGUGGAUUACCUGCCGCCGGAGAUGGUCCAGGGCAAGCCGCACACCAAAAACGUGGAUCUCUGGAGCCUGGGUGUGCUCUGUUUCGAGCUGUUGGUUGGCCACGCUCCCUUCUACUCGAAGGUCUACGACGAGACUUACAAGAAGAUCCUCAAGGUUGACUACAAGCUGCCGGAGCACAUCUCAAAGGCAGCCGCUCACCUCAUUUCUAAGCUGCUGGUCCUAAAUCCGCAGCACCGCCUGCCGCUGGAUCAGGUUAUGGUGCACCCAUGGAUCCUGGCGCACACGCAGUGAACCCAUCCAUAUUUCAUUUUGAGUUAUUUCCUUUUAAUUUACAGUUUUAGUUAAGACUCGCCGCGUAAUUUAAUUAUGGCAUCUUAAAUUUUCAUUUAGCCCGAUUCGAGAAAUUAACAUUUAUGAAUUAAGUUUAUUAUUAUCAAUAAAGUUUGUGUGUGUUUUUUCGAAUGCUAGGCGAG